UGUGAUCUUGAACUUUCUUGACCUUUACCUACCCAACAUACAAAAAUUGUACCCUUGUGAUUUUAUUGGUCAAAACUUGGAAACAAUAUAUCAAGGUGCGUUGUUCUUUUAGACUAGAGCAAUCACUUUCCACAGCACAAACAUCAGAAAGAGUUUUUAAGUCAGACUUCUCAUCCUAAUACUCUACUCAGCUUACAACAAACCAAAUCCUCCACCAAUGGCUCCUUCUUUUUUUCUUCCUUUGAGUGUGAACAUCUCUAAUUAGUGUUUCUUACUUUUAUUCUUCAUCCUUCUCAUCCUCCUUCUCAUUAUCUAUUUUCUUUCUUUAUCUUUUGCUCUUCUCAGAGAUUGAAAAAAUAUGGCCUUCACGAUCAAGAACCCAGUUUUUCAUUUCUCAUUCUUUUAUUUCCUUUUCUGUCUAUUUCUGUUCUGCCAUGCUAAUAACUACACAAUCACGAAAGGCCAAUUAGUUCCUGAUGGUGAGAUUAUACUAUCAGAAGAUGAAAAUUUUGAACUGGGAUUUUUUAGUCCUGGAAUUUCUACUUUUAGAUAUGUUGGUAUACGGUAUCACAAGAUUCAAGAUCAACCUGUAAUCUGGGUAGCUAACAGACAGACACCAAUCUCAGAUAAAACAGGGGUCUUAACUAUUGGUGAAGAUGGUAAUUUGAUAGUUAGAAAUGGAAGGGGACUUGAAGUUUGGUCAAGCAAUGUUUCAUCACUUCUGUCUAACAACACACAAGCCACUCUUGCGGAUUCAGGUAAUCUUGUUCUUUCAGGUAAUCGUGCUACCUAUUGGGAGAGUUUUAAACAUCCAACAGAUACUUUUUUGCCAAACAUGAAAGUUCUUGCAAGUUCUUCAGAAGAAAAUAAGGCUUUUACUUCUUGGAAAUCUGCAAAUGAUCCUUCACCAGGAAACUUCACCAUGGGAGUUGAUCCUCGAGGAGCACCACAGAUAGUGAUAUGGGAGCAAUCAAGAAGGAGAUGGAGAAGUGGGUACUGGAACGGACAAAUCUUUACAGGGGUGCCAAAUAUGACAGCUUUGACUAAUUUAUUAUAUGGAUUCAAGACUGAAAUUGACGAUGGAAAUAUGUAUAUUACAUAUAAUCCAUCGAGUGCUUCUGAUUUCAUGAGGUUUCAGAUUAGUAUUGAUGGACAUGAAGAGCAGCUGAAGUGGAAUGAAAGCCAGAACAAGUGGGAUGUGAUGCAACGGCAGCCUGCUAAUGACUGUGAAUUUUAUAAUUUCUGUGGAGAUUUUGGGGUCUGUACUGCAUCAGAAAAUCCCAGAUGCCGUUGUAUGGAAGGGUUUGAGCCAAGAAAUGAGCAUCAGUGGAGAAGGGGAAAUUGGUCAGGUGGGUGUGUGAGGAGAAGUCCAUUGCGGUGCCAGAGGAAUACUAGUAUAGGGGGAGGAAGUAGUACAGACGAUAAGUUUAAAGAGUUGAAGUGCAAUAAACUGCCAGAUUUUGUUGAUGUGCAUGGUGUUCUUCCCUUGGAGGAUUGUCAGAUAUUAUGUUUGAGUGAUUGUUCAUGCAACGCUUAUGCAGUAGUUGCAAAUAUUGGGUGCAUGAUAUGGGGUGAGAAUUUGAUUGAUGUUCAAGAUUUUGGCAGACCUGGGAUUGUUAUGCAUCUGCGUCUCGCUGCUUCUGAAUUCGAUGAAAGUAAAUUAUCUACAGCUGUGAUAGCACUAAUAGUUGUGGCUGGAGUGGUUUUCGUAGCCAUAUGUAUAUGUUUACUCUGGGUGCUGAAAAGAAAACUCAAAGUUCUGCCAGCGGCCGCCUCAGUCUCAUUGAAUAAACCGAGUGAGACACCAUUUUCUGAUAUGAGCAAGAGUAAAGGAUAUUCAUCAGAAAUGUCUGGACCAGCUGACCUUGUCAUUGAUGGGAGCCAAGUAAACGGUCCUGACUUACCAUUGUUCAAUUUUAGUGCUGUAGCAGCAGCUACAGACAAUUUUGCAGAAGAAAACAAACUUGGGCAAGGGGGAUUUGGUCAUGUCUACAAGGGAAAGCUUCCUAGUGGAGAGGAAAUAGCCGUAAAGAGGCUUUCCAAAAUCUCAGGGCAAGGCUUGGAGGAGUUUAAGAAUGAAAUUAUACUAAUUGCAAAAUUACAACACAGGAAUCUUGUUAGAUUAUUAGGCUGCUGCAUUCAUGGAGAAGAAAAGUUGCUGUUGUACGAGUAUAUGCCAAACAAAAGCUUGGAUUUCUUUCUCUUUGAUCCUGCAAAGCAGGCAAUGUUAGACUGGAAGACGAGGUUUACCAUUAUUAAGGGGAUUGCUAGAGGUCUUGUUUAUCUCCAUAGAGAUUCAAGAUUGAGAAUCAUUCACCGGGACUUAAAGGCUAGCAACAUUUUGUUAGAUGAGGAAAUGAAUCCUAAGAUUUCAGAUUUUGGCAUGGCCAGAAUCUUUGGAGGAAACCAAAAUGAAUUAAACACAAACAGAGUUGUUGGCACAUACGGCUAUAUGUCACCUGAAUACGCAAUGGAAGGCCUAUUUUCAGUAAAAUCAGACGUCUAUAGCUUCGGAGUCUUACUGCUAGAGAUUGUAAGUGGCAGGAGGAACACCAGCUUUCGCCAAUCUGAUCAUGCCAGCCUCAUUGCUUAUGCAUGGGAACUUUGGAAUGAAGAUAAAGCAAUAGAGCUAGUUGAUCCAUCGAUUCGAGAUUCGUGCUGCAAAAAAGAAGUACUAAGAUGCAUACAGGUAGGGAUGUUGUGUGUACAAGAUUCUGCAGUUCAGAGACCAACUAUGUCAUCCAUUGUGUUAAUGCUUGAAAGCAAUACUGCUCCUAACCUGCCGUUGCCAAGGCAGCCCACUUAUACUUCAAUGAGAGCCUCCAUAGAUACGUCCGACAUCUAUCUCGAUGGUCAGGAAAUUGUAUCCUCAAACGAUGUCACAGUUACAAUGGUAGUCGGAAGAUGAUUAUAGUUACCUCUUACAUCAUCUUACAUGUAAUUCAGUUCAAUACACAUAUUACUGUAUAGUGUUUUUUUUUCCCAUCACUUCUGGAGAAAACCAUUUCCGUUUUCUUCUUUUUCCA